AUGACUUCCAUUCUUGCCUGCAAAGCUGGUGAAGAUUCAUUAUUUCCCUAUCUUAGCGUAAUGCCACAAUGGCUCAUUCAGGCAAUUUCUUUAUAUGGUAAUGCAUUGUGGAUAUUAGCUGAAUUGAAUUUGGUAACAGAGACAGUUGUUUCUCUCGGAUAUUGGGCCAUUCUCGUACCAACAAGCAAACCAAGUGCUGCAAGACUAGUAACUCUUGUGAAUUUAACAACCCACUUGUUCUGUUGGGUUGCCUCCAUGAUUGAAAACUUGAAUUCGGAUUUUUACUUAAAGUUUUGGCAUAUUUUCUUGGUGGGAAUCUUUUGCCCAUGUUACUUACUCUUUGUGAUUGGAUUGAGAGAGAGCAGCAUUAUUACAAGUAUGCCUUAUGGAGCUAUAUUGGAUUAUUAUCAAGGAACAUUUGCCAUACUCUUUCACAUGGUUUUCAUACUGGCCUAUUAUUUCUUCUUUACCUUUUAUUUUACUGUUUCAACAGUGAUCAAGAAGCAACUUGCAGUUUUACUAAGUGAUGACGUUAUUAAGCAAGUUGCCUCUAAAAGUGAAUUUAUGAUACAUAUUGGUCUAUUCUACAAUGGUUCUGGUGACCAACACAAGAGUCAACAAGCCAAUUCCUUUGAUAACCUAUGA